GCUCCUCAUGCUUGAAAUAAACAGGAAGCUGAAGCUGAAGCUGAAGCUAACCCAAACAACUCCGCCGUUUGUAAGAAACAGAGCAGAAAUAUCGUGUUUUAUCGCCUUUUACACACACGUGUUUAGUUCGAGGCGGGCAUGCUGCUGUUCUGCCCAACCUGUGGGAACGUGUUAAUCGUGGAGGAGGGACAGCGGUGCAUGAGAUUUGCGUGUAACACUUGUCCUUACGUUCACAACAUCACGAGAAAGGUCAAUAACAGAAAGUAUCCAAAGUUAAAAGAGGUUGAUGAUGUUCUUGGUGGAGCUGCAGCGUGGGAGAACGUGGACUCGACGGCAGAAACUUGUCCCAAGUGUGGGCAUGCUCGGGCGUAUUUCAUGCAGAUUCAGACGAGAUCAGCAGACGAGCCGAUGACGACGUUCUACAAAUGUUGCCACAUACAGUGUGGACAUCGAUGGAGAGACUGACACGUUUGCACUUUGACAGGUUUCAUGCACAUUGGCUGUUUGUUUUUUUGAGAGUUGAUUUAUGAGAAAUAGGCUCCACUGGUUGUAAAAAAUACUUUUCCUUUCUCUGUGUGCAUCAGCACGAGAGGUUGACCGAUGUGGCAGCUGAUGACUGAUAAUUGAUGCCGGUUUUUCCCCACCCCCAUAAAUGAAUAUAACCACCACCUAAUAUAAUAUGUUUUAUGAUGACAAAUAACAGCAAAACUUAACUUCAGUUACCAAUAAAACUAAUGGUCAGUACAGCAAUAGCAUUUUUAGUAGAAAAAAGGUAUAAACUACAUGAAACAGGCCAUCGAAAAAUAAACCAGAAUGAAUCAGUUUCAACAAAGACCCAGCUUGUUUUAAUAAUAAAAAAAAACAAGACUUGCUGAUUAAUUGUUUAAUCAAAUAAUCAUUGCAACCCAAAUAAUAAUUACUAAAAAUGUCAACUAUCAGCCCAACCAGUUAAUCGGUCUACCUCUAGUUGGCACAGAAACAUUUCCUAAAAUUACUGUAUAUGCAGCAUAAAAUCCAAAUAAAAGUGUGUCAAUGACAAAGAAACAAUCCUUCAGACUUUUAUUGAUAAAAUAUUACCUGUUUACCUGUAUACAACCGUCAAACAAAUUUUGACUUACAUAGUUUAAUACAUAUCACAGACAUUUAGAGAGCAAUGCAGACCAGCAUUAUCCACAACAAUGGCAUAAUAUACAGUACUUGGUAUUAAAACUUCAUUGCAGAGUGGACUUUCUUACAGAGUUUAUCUCACUUCCAGAGAAGAAGAAAACACACAUAGAGUUAAGGAUCUAGUUAGUGUUAAUUAGUCAUUUCAAUGAGUGGCUCAUGCAGACAAACUGCACAUGAAUGACUGAAGGUGACUGGCAGGUUAGACAUGCUGUGGUGGAACAAUGUCUAUUUAUUAUUUUUUAUUUAUUUUUUUGCAAGAUAUCGGGUAACAGUCGUUUAUUUGAAGCUUAUUCUCGGCAGAAAAGUUUUACCCUAUUUCAUAUUUAGAUUAGUCAACAGAUGUCUUACUUUGCUAUGUAACAUGCAUCUACGCAAUGCAGCGAUUCUUAAAGGGCUGAUGUCGAAUUAAAUAGGUGAUGAUG